AUGCAUCAAACAUACUCUCCUAUGAAUCCGAAACUCGUCACUGUGUAUGGCGCCACUGGUGCUCAAGGAGGCAGCGUUGUCAGGGCACUUCUGCGCGACAAGUUUUCGUCGUGUACUAUCCGCGGCAUCACUCGCAGUCCAGACUCGGAAGCAGCCAAAGCACUUGCAGCAGAGGGUGUUGAGAUCGUCAAGGUCAACAUCUUCGACAAAGAUGAACUUGCUGCAGUGUUCAAGGGAAGUUGGGCUGUUUUCGUCAACACCAACUCAGACGACCCAUCCAUCGGAUCUCCCGGAUUGCCCACCAAAACGCAAAUUGGCCUGUUGGCCGUCGAUGCCGCGGUUGAGGUGGGGGAUUACGUCUGGAGCUGUCCUCUGUCUUUGUUUCGAUGGUAUAGUAUUGGAUCCCACUCUUCAAUGCUUUCCUCGAGACCUAAUGUCCCUGCAGAAAAGGAGCACAUCGGAAAAUAUGCACUUUCCCAGUCCUCCCUUCGAUCAAUCGUGGUCAAUCCCGCAUACUACAUGGAGAACUUCAACGCCAAGGAAUGGUCCGAGUACCUUGGCGGUCUCCCAUUCUAUCAAGACUCUGCAGGUUACUAUACCCUCAGUUGGCCACUUUGGGGGGGGGGGGGAUCCAACGAGGUUCCAUUGAUUGCCAUCGAGAGAGAUUUUGGCGAUAUCGUCCAUGGAGCGCUCCUAAACGCCGAUCAGCUGUGUGGAAAGACCAUACAGGCGGCUAGCCAGUCCAAGCCACUUGAAGAGAUCCCUACCGACUUUGAACAUGCAACCGGGAAAAGGGCGCGAGUCAUGCAGACUGUCAAGGACAUGUUUGGGUUUUGCUACGAGUCUGGUGGAUUGUAUUAUGGCGAGCCUAACAAUGUCGAUGUCUCUGCAUCGCUGAAGCAGGCAGCCGCCGCAGCACAGGGAAGGUCGGGAGAGAACACUCGCCUCUAUUCGUUAGGCGAGUACGUCAAAGACGUCUUUGCUUAG